CGUAGUUACUUCAUAUAUCAUAAUAGAACACAUAAUGCGUUCCUUACUCUUAUAAAUGAUCUAAAUUAAAAUGUCUGUCCUGUCGGGAUCCAUAAUCGUGUCGGACUGGCACCGCUUCCCAGACAGCAAAGAUUUUUUCGGUAGAAUAUUGCAUAAGAAGAGGCGUAGAAAGUUUGGUCUCUUGGAAGCGCCGAUGAUGCCCCCUAAUAUGAAUGUGGACACCGUUCGCUAUAAGGUCUUUAUCUCGGGUAAAACUGGUGUCGGGAAGAGCUCUCUUGCUGCCCGUCUUGCUGGUCUCGAUCUUCCAAAGGUGCACUACGAGACAACAGGUGCAGUAACACUAAGCACAUUUAAAGGCAUAGACACAACAGUGGUUUUCUGGCCUGUAAGGCUGAAGGAAAGUGGCCGUGUGCUUUUUUUCCGCUUUGAGUUUUGGGACUGUGGGGAAAGUGCUAUGCGAAGAUUUGACCACAUGUUACCGUCAUGUAAGGAACAGGUGGAUGCUAUACUUUUCCUGUUCUCCUUCACUGACCGUGGCUCCUUUGAGGAUCUUUCAAAUCAAAUAUCACGGAUCACAGAACCUUCAGAUCGAGUGGUUAAGUUAGUGGUUGGCACCAAAUUUGACUUGUUUAUGCACACAGACGUGACGGAGAGUGACGUAACACAGUUUCAAGAGGUGUGGGGUCUUUCUGUGUUUCGUGUGGGAGGUGAUGUGAGCGCAGGGCUCGGUGAGGUAGCACCCCUCCUAAAUGCCCUCGCAGAAAACCUGUGGUAUCAGGACUGUAUUGCUGCUUCAUCUGUCUCCAUCUCCCCAAAGGCUGACCUCAGAGAAACAGACUCAGAAAUCAUUGUAUAGUCUUUUCUCAGACAUGUUUUCAUUGUUCAACAUCACAAAAAAUGCUUGUUAUAAGGCAACAGUCAUUUUAUCUGAGCUCUUUCAUGUGUCUCCUCUUAAUGUUUUCCUACAUAUGAGGCUACUGUAGCUAUCACACAAAUGCUUUUUUCUCCAGGACAUAGACAUUUCGAAGCCUUAAUGGACCCUUUUCACAUAUCCGGUUUUGCAGAGAGGAAGUAGAAUCAUAGUAGGUUAAACUUGAUUGGCGGUGAAUGGGAGACCACAGCAAAUAACAUUUUUGCUCACCUGUUUGCUGCAAUAGCAAAAGAAAAUAUAAAUGAUUGUGCUUUCACAAUUUUGCAAAACAAGAUGAAAAUAAAGAGUACUGGAUAACUGCAGUAAGCUGUGUUAGAAGCCUCAUCGCAGCUGAGGUAACUCAAUUUUUAAAGCAUAUUCCAGGGUAUUAUACAAAGUAAAAUGUUAUAAAUUGACACUAAAUAUUUUUUAAAUUGAAGAUGUUAAAAAUUUGCAAUGCUUCAUAACACGUCUGUGAAUUCCAUGUAUUAUAUGUGCUAAUAUGUCAUCAUCAUAAUUAUUGGUUUUGAAAUUACUAAUUUUACUAGUCGUGUCAUUUGUGUCAGACAAGCACAAAUAUCUGUUAGGAUAAUCAUUAAAAUGUUGAGUGAAAAUGCCAUGGAAAGGCUUGCAGUUUUGUAACCUUUGCAACAAACUUAAAAACAUGUGGAAUGCAUAGAUUCAUAAACUGAUUCAUAAUUAAGAUUUUUUUUUAAUAGGAUUAUGCAGGAACAGUCAUAAUGUAAUUCCAUAAUUAAAUUAAUUGAAUUAUCUUAAUUAUAUGUUGAAAGCAUAAACAUUGUUAUCAUUUUGUUUAUGUGAUGUUGCACAUAUUUGCUCUUAAUAGAAUUGAAUGUGAAAAAAUAUUAAAGUUCCCCUAAACCUUUUGGAAAACAAA